GUUAAGCAUGAUCACAAGGGAUCGAAUUAGAGCUGGUCAAGCACGGCCGCGACACAUGGAUAUCAGUGCUUAGCACAGAAUCAGCGACAGGGACGAUUGAUCGCACUCUGGCAUGCUGCCGUGUCGCUCUCUAUUCUAAAGGGCGCCCGAGAAGCCUCCAAGGAGUAUAAGAACAUGCCGGGGCCUCCAAUGUGAAGAGCCCUCAUCCUACUCAUCUUCCUUCGAUAUGUCCUCUACAAGUACUUUCCCUUCUGCCGUUCCUUCACUUUCGCCGUCUGAGGUCUCACCAUAUGGCUACGUGCCGAACAAGGGCCUGUGUAUCGCCUUCGUUGUUCUGUUCGGUCUGUCUACCCUACUUCAUUUUCUUGCUGCUUUCAAAUUCCGCCUGUGGUGGCUGAUCCCGACCGCUUGCCUCAUGGGCACCGGCGAGGUGAUUGGCUGGGUCGGACGUUUGUGGUCCAGCAUGAACGUCGUCGCGCACACACCUUUCACAAUGCAAAUUGUCUGCACUAUCCUUGCACCUACACCGCUCUUGGCUGCGAUAUUUAUCAUCUUUACGCGUAUGGCGGAGACGUUGGGUGUUCGUUAUAGCAGGCUCACGCCAAAGUGGUACUCGGUUAUAUUCCUUACAUGUGAUAUCAUAGCGCUGGUCAUCCAAGGGCUAGGUGGAGGGAUCGCCGCUGAUGCCAAGACAUUAUCAGCUACCAAUCUGGGCGCGAACAUCAUGCUCGCGGGCAUUGUCUUCCAGCUGGUUGCAAUGCUCGUCUUCAGUGUGUUGGCUGCAGGGUACUUUUACAGGUUUAUCAAGGAUCGCCCAGUUCGAGGAAAAGGCUUCGACCCCGGCUAUCGCGAUAGCAUUGCGACCACAGUCAACGGCCCGCGCUCAUGGGAUAGACGUCUCAAGCUCAUGACACUCGGGCUUUGCAUUAGUACUCUAUUCCUUAUCAUCCGGGCCAUUUACCGUACCAUUGAACUUGGUGACGGGUGGAACGGGAAAGUUCUGCGUACUCAGGUCUACUUUAGCGUGUUUGAUGCAGCGAUGGUUGUUGUCGCGACGUAUGCACUGAACAUCUUCAAUCCCGGUGUUCUCCUCUACAGCCAACCUCCGGAUAUGAGAGACUACCAGCUGGACAAGGUGCUGCACUAGUAACUCUGACAUCUUAUUCUUUUGUAUGCACGAUACGCGAUUAUGCAUUUUCUGGUCUU